GCAUAAAAACCUCCAGCUUCAUUUGCUCUCCAAUUUUCCAGCCUACAAACCUCUAGCCUGCUUCUUCUGCUUUUAUUUGCUUUUCAACUCUCAAGUAUGGACAGCUCCAGUGUCAUCCACCAUCCUCACAGCCGGUGGAGCAGCCCAAGCUCUGACUCUGAGCUCUACAGCGUGUCCUCCCCUGAGACUGUCUCUCCAGCACCUUCCAUGGACCUCAACUGCUCUCCAUCUUACCAACCCAAGCUCACCAAGCUUCACAAAGCCACCUCCAGACUGACCAAAACGCCUGGUUCUCCUUCAGGCCUUGCCAGGAGGACGCGAAGAUCUAGGCUGAAGAACCCAAGCGAGCAGCGUCAGAAUGCCAGCGAGAAAGAGAAGCUCAGGAUGAGGGACCUAACAAAAGCUCUGCACCAUCUCAGGACCUACCUGCCUCCAUCAGUGGCUCCUGUCGGACAGACGCUGACCAAGAUCGAGACUCUGCGCCUCACCAUCCGCUAUAUCUCGUACCUGUCAGCUCAGCUCGGGCUCAGUGAAGAAUAUCUGUCUCAGAGGAAGCAGAUGAGCAAUGGGGAUGGAUGGAGAAGUUCUCCAGAGAUUCUGGGCUAUUUUCAGUGCAGAUCUACAAGCACAGAGUGGGGAGAAGGACAAGUAUAUGGUGAAUAUGCAGAACAGCAUCAGACUGCGAGCAGUUUGGAGUACUCAGAGCAGGGAAUGGAUAUGAGCCAGUACAGCACACAGCUCUCAGAGCCAAAGACGGAUCAGAUCUACAGCUCGGAGACAAACACAUUUCAGCAACAGCAGUGUGCCCAGUUCACACAGUCGUGCCAGGUUUACGGCUACCAGCUUGUACCUCCGGCCUUUUGGAGCUAAACACUGCAAUACUGUCUACUACCAAAUCCACUGGCACACUGAAACUGAUGGACUCCUCCAUGUUGUGAAAUCAAACAAGCUGUCCAUUACAAUGAAUGUCUAAAAAUGUAGCUUUAGAUUCUAGAUUUUAGAUUAUAAUUUAAUUUUUAUACUAAUUUAUAUAAAUAUAUGUAUG